AUGACUUUCGAAGGAGCCCAGUUUCAAGGAAAACAACCGAUUAUCGACAAGCUGACGAGCUUGCCCUUCAAGCAGGUCAAUCACCAGAUCACUACUGUCGACUCGCAGCCGAUCAUCGGAGUCGACGACAACCAGGCCUGUUGCGUGAUGGUGACCGGCCAGCUGAAAACCGACGACGAUCCACCCCACAGUUUCCAUCAAUCGUUCGUCCUCCGGCCCGCCGGUGGCUCUUUCGUCGUUGCCAACGAUAUCUUCAGACUUGCCCUACACAACUAA